GGCUGCUCGUGAGUCCGGGGAUGUUUGGCGGCCGAGCUGUGGCUGUGGGUUCCCCCGUGACGGACCGUGUGGACGGAGCGAUCUUCGUGAUGAGAUCGACUUGUUGAGCGCCGGAGACGUGAACAGCCGUAACGGACAGUUUCGGACUGCCUCGAGAGCUGCAGACGAAUAGAGGUCCAGUUGACGGCACAGCGUUUUUGACUACGAGGGCGCUCGGUUUGGCCCACGGCUGAGGCCGUGGCGGCUACAGUUACGGCUGAGUCUUCAUCAGCCACGCCCGUCUGCGUCCGUCGGCUUCUCUGCUGCGCUGCGGUUGAGGACACCAGCCCGCGGCCGAGUGAGACGGUCUCCGAUCGUGGGUGAGUGAUUCUGGCAUCAUGCCAGGUCGGGAGGACGAUAGAAGCCGGGUGGCCUGUCGCCUCUGGUGACUGUGCGCGGUGGCCGCGAGCACUAGCCCGAGGCUACAGUGGUUGGUGCCCGGGGCUACAGGUGAUUGUGCUUCACGGUGUUUCGGGACGCCAGGGAGUAGGGGUCGGUCAGCUCCGCCGUGAGCAGUUGGGCUGUUGAUAAGCGAUGGACGCCGGGUCUGGGGUGGUGUGUAUUGUGUGUGCACUACGCUAGUAAUAUCGUUAGUGUUUAAGUAGUAGUAUUAGUGUUUAAGGUGUGUGUUUAUUUAUUUGUGAUUGCACAGGUUGUGUUAUGCGGAGUAGGUGUUUAGAAUAGCUGAUGUGGCUUAAUCCUGGAUCCUUGUUCGUAAUUCUCCUCAUCUUUUUGUCCUCUGCUUUCACAAUGGCACCUACCAGGGAAGAUUUGAACAGGCUAAAACUGACCGAGUUACAGAGAGAGCUAGAGUCUAGGGGACUUGAUAUCACAGGUAAGAAGAACGAGUUAGUGGAUAGGCUGUUUGAGGCACUGAUAGAAUCAGAGACGCCCCCUCCAGCGCAGAAGGAAAGUCCUCAAAUGCCCCUUGUGGCACCCGAGUCGGGAUCUGCGGUUCCUGAUGCUUCCCUACUCUUAGCUCGUUUAAGAAUUAUCCAGGAGAGACAGCUGGUUGAGCAGGAGAGGAUUUCAGUUAGGGCAAAGGCAGAGCAGGAUGAUUCGAGACUUCAGGCUCGAUCGGAGCAGUUGCAGAUAGAGUUGCAACUUGCUGAAGUGGGUCACUAUGACGAAGCUGCCCUUGAGCCCCUGAGGGUUUCUACAGCUAGUCAGGCUCCGCAGUCAGAGUCCGCGAGUGCACUGUCCUCGCAGGUGAGGCGUGCUCUGCUCCCUCCCACGGAGCUACGUCCAUUCACAGGUAACGUGGAAGAUUUUCGUUUAUUUAUGAGCGCCUUCGAGGCUCGUGUUGCCAGUAAGACUGAUGAUCAGGAGGAACUUUUAUUUUAUUUGGAACAGUUCACUAGCGGGAAACCGAACCAGCUGGUGAGGAGCUGUCUUCAUCUGGGUGCUGCUGGAUUCGUUGAGGCCAAGCAGUUACUCGAGACGCGGUACGGUAACACAAUAUGUUUAGUUGACUCAUACGUUGAGAAGGUAAAGGGGUGGUCUCGGAUCCUACCCGGAGAUGUAGAAUCACUGGACAAGUUUGUUCUGUUUCUGACGGAGGUAAAGAACGCCGUAUCUGGCGUAGCUUUGAGUGAAUUCGAACAUCCAUCAACUCUCCGCCUGAUAGUUUCUAAAGUUCCUCCUCACCUGCAGGAUCGGUGGCUUAGAGAAGUAGACCGCCUAUGCCAGGAGGGGCGCGCUGUCAGGUUUUCCGAUUUAGUUAAGUUUUUGGCCGCUGAGGUUCGGGUCAAGAAGAAUCCGCUUUUUGGCCUUCGUUCUGCCAAUGCUGACCGCCGGCCGGAGGCUCCUGGUGGACCUCGGAGGCACACGGUCAAUGUGGCGCACGUGACAGCGCCGGGGGAUCAGCGCUGCGUCUACUGUGGCGGUCCCCACAGUGUGGCGGACUGUGAGGUGCUGAGGAUGAGGCCGUGGGUCGAGCGGCGAAAGGUCUUUAUGCAGCAUAAGUUAUGUUUUGGGUGCCUAAAGGUGGGGCACCAGGUUCGGUCCUGCCGGCGGCCGCUGGUCUGCGGCGUCUGUGGCGGGCUCCAUCCCUCUGUCAUGCAUGGCGAACCGGGCGGGGGACCGGCACCACCUUGGGUUUCAGGCUCUCGGCCGGAUCAGUGGCAUCAGCGGCCGAGUCCUCGCGGUAGUACGUCUCAGAGGAUGCAGCCAGGUGACAUGAUUCCGCCCGGCGGAGUCGGGACAGCGGUGGUUCCGUACCGCGGCGGCGCGGGUCCGCCCAUGAGUGCGCCGGUGGCGCCGCCUGCUGGUGCGGCGGUGGCGACACCUGUUGGUACGGCGAUGGCGCAGUCCGCCGCGGCGGCGGGGUCUGCAUCGCGCGGUGGAUCCGCAGGCGCUGUUGUAAGUGCAAGCCUUGGACUGCAGGGUGCAGGUCGCACGGCCCUCCCUGUAGUUGCGGUGCGGCUUCGUGCUCCAACAGGCAAAGUGAUCGUGACGAAUGGGUUUUUUGAUCAAGGGUCGUCGGGAAGCUUCCUGACUGAGCGACUCGCAGAGCGUUUGGGAGUGCAAACUGAGCGCACGACCAUCUCUAUCGAGACCGUGGGUAACGAUAGGAGGAGCAUGUCCACUUCGAUAGCUCCAGGGUUAGAAGUAAGCGCUCUAAACGGCGGUGAGUUCCACUCUCUACCGCCACUAUUGACUAUUGACGCGCUUCCGGUCACCCAGGCCGACCGAUGUCAGGGAAGUGAGCUAAAGGCUGCGUCCCACCUGGACGGUGUAGAGCUUCACGAGCUGGAUGUACCGGUGGAAGUUCUGAUCGGUUCUAACUGUGCCGAACUGAUUGUGGCGAGAGAGGUUCGUUCUCCUCCCCAGGGCGAGACUGGUCUGUGUGCUGUGCGAACUGUACUGGGCUGGUAUGUGAUGGGACCGGUCCGGGAAGCCACCGGUUCGGGAGAGAGGUUCACGGUGAACUUUCUGAGGGUGCAGGAGAUGUCUGUUUCUGACCAUGACGCUGAGGAUAGUUUGUACAGGAAGAUGUAUGAUAAUGACUUCAAGGAUUUGUCGGACGAUCGUGAGUGCUUCUCUGUGGAAGAUCACGAGUGGCUCGCUGAUGUUCUGCCCCGAGUGAGGAGAGAUGAUGAUGGAUUUUUUGAGGUUCCUCUCCCUAAGAGGGAUUUCGGUGCGCUGCCUGACAGCAUGCCGGUGGCGUCAAAGCGUUUGGACUCGCUGAGGAAGCGUUUCAAUGCAGACCCAGAGUACUUUGACGCACGACAAUCCUGA